CUCUGCUCUCACCAUGUCGACACGCAUUGUUGAGGGACCAGCCAAAGCAGCGCUGAACAUCCUCGCAGAGGACGACAUCACCUUUCUUCAUAGCCUCCCCAAGGCAGAGCUACACGCUCAUCUGAACGGAUCCAUCCCCUUACCGACACUGCGCAUCCUGCUCGAGCAGUACCAACCCGAUGACCUACCCAACAGCCUCUCCAAAGACGUGAUCGAAGCUCAAAUACGAAAGUUCGAAGAAGGCGUGGGCUUGAACAAGAUUAGCGACUUCUUCUCCCUCUUCCCUGCCGUCUACGCUCUCACGAGCUCGCCCGAGGCGUCGUCGAUAGCGACGCGCGCCGUGCUGGACGACUUCCUCGAGCCGGGUCUCGAUGGACAUCCGCAAGCCACGUACAUCGAGCUACGCACCACGCCUCGUGAGAUCCCUGGGAAGAUGUCGCGCCGGGAGUAUCUGGAAGCUGUGUUGAAGGAGGUGGAGGCGCGAGGGCGGGAGUCAGCGGGUUUAAUCGUGUCUCUUGAUCGGCGGAUGACGAGCGAGGUCAUGCAUGAGUGUGUGGGACUCGCUAUUCAGCUGAAGAGCGAGGGACGGCCGAUUGUAGGGAUCGACCUGUGUGGAGAUCCUCAGGCAGGAGAUGUUGAAAACUUCAAGCCACAUUUGACCCAGGCGCGCCAGGCUGGCCUCAGACUGACUCUUCACAUUGCAGAGAUUGCCGAGACUUCACCAGACGAGCAUAGAGCCCUUCUCAACCUCGGUCCAUCACGCCUUGGCCACGCUACCUUCCUCCCUCCCUCCAUCCGUGAACACUACUUCGGCCACGUAUCGGUAUCUGAGGACGCACCUGCCGACGUAAUCACUAUGUCGAGACGAGUGGCUGAUAAACCCUGUGUCGAGAUCUGUCUUACGUCGAACCUGCUGUGUAAGACGGUGCCUGACCUCCAAGCGCAUCACAUUCGCGCCUAUCUCAAAAAUAGCCACCCCGUGUCGAUUUGCACGGACGACACGCUUCCCUUUCGUACAUCUCUUCUAGGAGAGUACGCGCUGCUGCUGGCGAAACCGCCUCACGGACUUGGGCUUUCCAGAGAGGAAGUGGUUGCUAUCGCAAGGAUGAGCAUGGAUUCGAGAUUUAUCUGAGGAAAGGAAGAUGCUUAGAUAUCCAAGAUGUAUUAUGACAAACGCACAGCGUUGUAUUGGUGUACGAUUAAUGAAACCAGUAGAGUCA